GUCCCAGCAUACAGUUGGGCAGGCGCAGAGCCAACCUGCUGGGUCGGUGUCCUCGAGCUCUUCAUCACCGCUGCCUCACGUCGCUACCUCGCGGAUCCUUCAGAUGAGAAAUGGCUGCAGCGCUGUCCCGUGCCCUCAAAUUGCCCGGGAAGAAGGGCUCAGAGCUCGGGGAGUACGACCCCCUAACCCAAGCAGACAGCGACGACGAAAGUGAAGAGGACGAUCUUGUGCUCAACUACCCCCGAAAUGGCCUCGGCAGGGACAGCUGCCUCGGCACGGGGUCCUCCAAGCUGCGGGGCGGCAGGUCCGGACGACUUAUGAGGGGUAAAGGUGAGGCACGGGAGGAUGAGGAGGAAGAGGAGGAUGAAUGGAGAGAGCGACUCCCUAGCAAAUCCAGGCAGGACAGAGACAACGCCAAAGGCAUGCAGUACUGGAGCCACAGGGACUCGGGCAGGGACAGGGCGGGGGAGGACAGAGCCGGGCCCGGUGCACUGGGCGGCGCCGGGCUGGGGGUUCGCAGUACCGACGCAGAAGAGAAGAGGAUGAGGAUGAAGAAUGCUGUCCGAAGUGCGUUUUUCUUGGUGCCUCUGGUCUGUGCCACAUUACUGGUGCUGUUAUGUGCAUUCCUGAUCCCGUGCCAGAAGGAAAAGAGGCAGCAGUGGGAGAGAGCACUGGGAGAUGCCGGAGGUGUCACUCCACCUGCACUGGCGUUGUGGGAUGUUGAUGGCGAUUCAGUGGAGGACGUGUUUCUCGGCGUUACCGAAUGGACCAAUGACACACAUCCCACACAAAGGAACAAAAUUUACAGUGCGGUGGCGCUGUCUGCAGUCAGUGGUAAGGUGCUGUGGAGGAAAGUCAUGGGGGAGUCUGUGAUGUACAUCCAGUGUGGUCUGCAGUACACUUCCCAGCCGUCACCUGUGUGUCUCCUCAUCAGCAAAUCCAUCCUCAUGGCAGUCAAUGGCACCACAGGGAAGAACGUAUCAUCAGUCCAGCUCAAGAACAUUGAAUCCCAGGCAGUGUUACUUCCAGACCUCCAGGGCGACUCUGUCCCAGAUCUGCUCAUAGCCACCCUGCCUGCAGAUGAGUCCUUGGAUCUCUCCCUGACCUUGAUCUCUGGGCUGACCGGGGCGCAGCUCGGACGUCCCGUGCCUUUCAACCUCACUGGACAAGGAAGGCUGAUCGGGCCGUUGCUGCAUGAGACACAAAAAGGGGCAUAUUACAUCCUCUUUGGAUUAGGCAAUGUAGAGGCCAUCUCUCUGCGUGAUAUUUACAUCCGUGCCACUGGCCAAAUGCCCCUAACUCAGGCACUUAAAAUUAGGGAUCCAGGCUGGGAGGAAUUCAAGAAAACCAAUUCGUCAUCCUUCAUACACAUUUACAGAGGAUCUGAGCGUGUGGAGUUCCUGCUCCCUCUUGUGGCUGAUUUUGGCAACAACCACAACAGCCUGGACUCUGUUGCUAACGCCACCAGAAGUGACUGGGUGCUAGUGUACGGCUCCAGCAAACUGUCAGUGCUCAAGCAGAAGGACAUUCGUAAAAAAUGGACCUUCAGUUCAGCUCCCAUUCACAGCCAACCAGCCCUGGGACACUUCAAUGAUGAUGGAGUCCUUGAUCUUUUCUUUCAGCAUUCAGCAAACGGUGUCAUGAAGGCGCAGGUCGUCAAUGGAGCAAAUGGGCACCUUCUCUGGUCAGCGGAGUUUGUGUGUCCUCAUCUUGUUUUGGAACCUUCUGCAAUUUCCACCUCGACCGGCCAAUCAACUUUCCUGUUUUGGGCCAGUGAACCAAUCAACGUGCAGAAGAAUGUUACCAAGACAACUGUUGCACCAGGUGUUGCUGCAGCAGAGCCACUCAUCAGAAAACUCUUCUUGCUGCACCCUACAUAUCCCACAAUCCUGGUGGAGCUUACUAGUACCACAGACACUGCAGUCACCUCUGCAGUGAGUUAUCAGGAGCAUCAGAAAGAUGCCUCCUACAUCACCGUAUCCUCCCGGCCCACACCUGACUCGGAGCCCAGCGCCCAGAUAGUCAAGAGCAUGAGCCUCAAAGCUGCCAUCGCCAAAGGACAAAUCGUCAGACUUGGGGAAACCAAUAAGACCGGGGGGGCGCCAGUUAAACCUGGCCUGUUUGAGGUCAACAAGUUCUUCAGGCGUCUGUCCUUCAAAUGUCAGUGAUGAGCCGCCGCCAAUGCUACCUUGCCUUGCACCACACGAAGCGGUACGACUGAAAGGGGCUCGUGUAUGGACGAAAGGGACAUAAGCUGUGGAGAGCUCUGCACUGAGGACACACUAAGAAUUCAUUUCAGCUGUUCAGUUCAUCCUGUUAGGUUCACUAAGUAUGAAUUUAAUUUCUGUUACUUGACAAAGAGAUUUCUUUAUUGUAAGUAUUUGUAGGCAGGGAUUUUGUUUAUAUUGUUUUGGUUUGUAUUAUGUUUGCACAAUGAAAAAAAGGCCUAUUUAAAUUAUUUAACAUGCAUAUAGGGAGGUCUGUAAAAUUUAAUUUGAUGUUUAUGAUUGUUUGGACUUCAUGGCAGAAGAAUAACUUUAUAUUUAUCACUGACAGUGAAGAUGAAAGAACAUUUAACUGUAAAUUUUACAGUAUACAUCACUUGUAUAACUCUUCCAAGGCCAGUAUAUUCAUGUGGUGUCAUCCCCCCAGUCACAUGCAAUCUGUCACGAAGCCACUAAUAUUGUUCUUCCUGCUCAUCACCAAGUUUAGUAAUAUAGGGAGGGAGGAAGUAUUUAAUCCUGUACAGUAUUUAUUGAUUUGCUGUAAAGUUUUGGUUUCUCUUGUUUGACCUAUCUUGUCAGAUUUUGUAUGGUUACAUAAUCAACCAGUUUAUUUUCUCUGAAUGUGUGGCUGCUACGGGUUAUGGCAUUUAAAUGUAAGCUGCAACAUCACAUAUUUGCAAGAGAAAGUAUGAAAACCACUUCUUUACCGAGA